UUUUUGGUGUUUGAAAGAUUUGUGUGUUGAGUUGCUCAUGUAAAGCUGUGUGAUUAUUCUUCAGGCCUUCCUUUGACGGAGUUCCUUUUCAAUAAUAUGAGUUGGAAUUACGAUCCUCGAACCUUUAGUGUCUAUGUUUUUAGGACGAGUUUCGUCGGUUUGUUCUUUAUAAAUCGGAUUUAACGCGCGGCAAAUUUUCCUAGGAGGAGUAUGGGGGAGUUUUUGUGGAUUUCUUACUUGAUUAUGAUAUGAAUAGCUCACGAAAUAUUUUCUGUUCCUUGCAGUCGCUUUCUGCGUUCUCUAGGUCCACAAGAGCUCACUAAACAAGGUACAUGGUUGAUUCGGAAGUUCCGAUUCCCACUCCCUUUGAUCCAUUCGCUGAAGACAAAGAAUCGGAUGCUCCGGGAGCCAAAGGGUAUGUGCAUGUCAGGAUACAACAGAGGAAUGGAAAGAAGAGUCUGACCACCGUUCAAGGACUGAAGAAAGAGUACAGCUACGAGAAGAUCCUCAAGGACCUCAAGAAGGAGUUCUGCUGCAACGGCAACGUUGUGCAGGACAAGGAGCUGGGCAAGAUCAUUCAGCUUCAGGGUGAUCAGCGCAAGAACGUCUCUCAAUUCCUGGUCCAGGCCGGUCUGGUCAGGAAGGACCAGAUUAAGAUUCAUGGUUUUUAAACGUUGAGGUUCUGCUUACCGGUAGCUUGCGACAAUCAGGCGGGUGGGUUCGUUUCGUGUAUUUAUCUUUUUGUGUGUGAAGUUCGAUGAGUGAAUUUGAAAUAAUUAUAAGUGAUUUUUCUUAAGUUAUAGCGGAUGUAAUAUGGAUGGAUGUAGGAAGCCCACCUUGUGUUCAAGAAUAAUACAUGAUGAUACUAUCAUUUGGAGGA